UCAAAGGGGUGAGUUUUUGUCAUUUGUGGUAUUCGCUCCUAGCAUUCCCUCUCCGAUUUUCCUUAUCCAGUCUCUUUCUCUCUCCUCCCCACUCAACUUCUGAGCAUUUAUCUAUGCAAUCCACCGCCAUUAGAACUGAUACAUAGAGAAGGAAGGAAGAAGAUGACAUGUUUAUUGCCGCAGUUCAAAUGUCAACCUGACACUUUCUCCAUUUCUUCCGUUCUUCAUCCUCCUUCUGCAUCUUCUUCUGCUACUUCCCUCUUGAGAAAUAGAGAUUUGGUCUGUUUUCGCCCACAAUGUGCGGUGUCUACUCCACCACCACCCACAGCAGCAGCAGAAACUUCCAUAUUUGAUGUAGAGAAGCUGCGUUUGCCUUAUGUUGAAUCUAAUUCCAAUUCACUUUCUGCAUUCGCACAAUCGACUUUUUUGAGCACUUUGGGUUCUCCAGCUGAGGUCAAGUUUGAUACUGCGUUGACAGCAAAGUUACUGAUCGAAAAUGAAGAAGCUGUUAUUGCUGCUGCUGCUGCCGAAGCAGUUGCCUUGGCAAGGGCAGCAGCCAAGCUUGCAAAGGAUGCCGCACUUAUGGCCUUUAAUAGUCAGCCAACAAAGCCAGUGUCUAAACUUGAAGGUCAAUCACUUCAUUUUAGUGGUGCUCAACUUUUAGAAAAUGAACAAGUAGGGAGUAUGAGAAACUUUGAGGGGUCUGAGAAUUCUCUUAGAGAAGGUGACACGGUUUCUGAACCUGCUGACAUGGAGCCUACAAUCGAGGAGCUUCAACUCCUGGAAGUAGAACUUGAUGAGAGUAUAACUGUUAGGUCGACACGCCAAGGAGAGAGAAAGGCCAGGAGAGCAAGGGCUGCAGAGAAGGUUGCAUCUAAUGUUGUUUCUGUUAAGGUAGGGUCUAAUAGCCGCAAAAAGCGCACAUCCGUGCAAGAAGUGGACUAUUCUGAUCCAUUGCGUUACUUAAGAGGAGCCACCAACUCCUCUAGGCUUCUUACUUCUUCUGAAGAGACAGAAUUGUCAGCCGGAAUCCAGGACUUGCUCAAACUAGAAAAACUGCAUGACGAACUGAAAGUAAGAUUUGGGGAAGAGCCGUCCUUUGUGCAGUGGGCUGCCGCAGCAGGUAUUGAUCAGAGAACUCUAAGGAGGCGUCUAAACCAUGGUACUUUCUGCAAAGAUAAAAUGAUCAAAAGCAACGUAAGGCUUGUGAUAUCGAUUGCCAAAAAUUAUCAGGGAUCUGGAAUGAAUCUUCAAGAUCUUGUUCAGGAAGGAUGUAGAGGUCUUGUUAGAGGAGCAGAAAAGUUUGAUGCCUCCAAAGGUUUUAAGUUCUCAACUUAUGCUCACUGGUGGAUAAAACAGGCAGUUCGAAAAUCCCUUUCCGACCAGUCAAGGACAAUCCGCCUUCCAUUUCACAUGGUUGAGGCAACUUAUAGAGUAAAAGAGGCUAGAAAACAGCUGUUAAGUGAAAAUGGAAAACAACCCAAUAAUGAGGAAGUUGCAGAGGCUACAGGACUGUCAAUGAAAAGGCUAACUGCUGUACUAAUGACUCCUAAGGCUCCAAGGUCUUUAGACCAGAAGAUCGGAUUCAAUAUGAAUCUUAAACCUUCGGAAGUAAUAGCUGACCCUGAAGCAGAAACUGCUGAAGAUUUGUUAACUAAACAGUUCAUGAGGCAAGAUCUCGAGAAGGUUCUAGAUACAUUGAGUUCAAGAGAAAAGCAGGUGAUAAGAUGGAGGUUUGGAUUGGAAGAUGGAAGAAUGAAAACACUACAAGAGAUUGGUGAGUUGAUGGGUGUCAGUAGGGAAAGGAUUAGGCAAAUUGAAUCGUCUGCGUUUAGGAAGCUGCAGAAUAAGAAGAAAACCAUUAAUUUGCAACAAUACAUGUUCUUAUAAGAUCCAACCAACUCAAGUUUACCAUUCAUCACCCAGUCUAAGCUAUGUUUUUAUCUGCGAGUCGUUCGUGCUUUUUAAUAUAGAGAAGUGAGAACCCUUAUUUUCUUUUUCCCUGUUUCUAUUUUUGGGAGGAAAAUAAAGGUGCUUGGAGGUGAUUAUGUAUGUCAGUAUGUGGACAUUUUGGGGCAGUACAAAGUUCAUAUUUUGGUACAAAGGUCAUUUUUCUGCCCCAAAUGUGCAAGUGUAGCAUAUUUGAUUCUUAAAUUAGGGAGACAACAAGAAAGAGAAUGAUACUUGUAGCAAGGACUUUACCCAAAAUAGUCAUUUAUUGAAGUUUAUCAAAUGUGUACAGCAACUUAUGGAACUUCACAUUACUCCGUAUUAAACUUGACAACUUAUUUAUGGAACUUCACAUUAUUAAACUUGA